CCGUCCGACUGAAGGGAAGGAACAGUUGACCCAUGGAGGAAAUGUCUCAAACAAAAACAUCUUCAUCUCUUCUGGUCGUUUCUUCAGACUCCCAUAAUCAAAGUAUUCUGAGGAACUUUGACCGGCUCAGGAAAAGAGACCUCCUGUGUGACGUCACUCUCGUUGUGGAGAAUGUGCGCUUCAAGGCACAUAAAGCCCUGCUGGCAGCAAGCAGUGCGUACUUCUCCAACAUGUUGACGGCAGAAGACCAGAUCCAUCAGUCCAAGUACCAUCUGGAUGGGAUGACACCAAUCAUCUUUGCCACCGUACUGGAGUUCAUCUACAACGCCCGAGUGUUGGUGGAGGACAGCACCACGGAGACUCUCCUGGCUGCAGCUCGUCUCAUCGAGGUCAGUGAACUGGUCAGAGUCCUCACUGAACUCACGAGUUCUACAGAAGCCAAGCGAGACAACUCGAAAGUAAACAAAGCUGAGCUGCCGGAUCUGCUGAAGCGCAAAAGAGGACGACCAAAGAAGGACAUCCAUGCGCUCUGUGAGAGUUCAGACCAGAGGCAGGCUGGAGAAACUGUAACGUCUAAAGACACGAAGGAUUCUAACCCUGGAGCCGAGCAGAGACGUCACAGCAGACGCAAGAUCAGAACUCCGGUGAAGUACAAGGGCUACAGAAUCGAGCCUGAUGCAGCAGAAAGCAAAGAGUCUGAAAGGAGGGACUGCCGAAAAAAGUAUCCCAACACAGAGGCCCGAUGUGAGGACUGUGGAAAAGUCUUCAAACACCACCUGUUUUUAAAGAUUCAUCGAAGGACUCACACUGGGGAGAAGCCGUUCCACUGCUCAGUUUGUGAGAAGACCUUCACCCAGAAGCACACACUGCUGGCUCACCAGCGCAUACAUACAGGAGAGAAGCCAUUUGUUUGCACCAUCUGCUCCAAAGCACUUUCCACCAGAAGCUGCCUGCAGGAGCACAUGAACCUCCAUGACGUUGAAAAGGUCUUUGAGUGUGACACAUGUGGAAAGAUUUUUAAUCAGAAGAAGCAACUUCAGAGCCAUUAUAGAGUCCAUACAGGUAAAUCAUUACCAGAAUGUGCUCAGUGUCACCACAGGUUCAUGGAUUCAGCACAACUGAAGAAACACCUCAGAACUCACACAGGGGAGAAACCGUUCACCUGUGAGAUCUGUGGGAAUGGUUUCACAGUUAAAAGCUCUCUGCAGAUUCACAUCAGGAUUCACAGAGGUGAGAAGCCGUACCAGUGCCACAUCUGUAACAAGUCCUUCUCAGACCCCAGUGCGAGGAGACGACACGUCGCCUCCCACUCAGGAAAAAAACCCUACACCUGCUCCGUCUGCAGCCUUUCGUUUACACGCCUGGACAACCUGAAAACACACACCAAAUCCCACAACAAGGAGCGAGCCGCCUCUGUGGAGGCACCACCUCCACCGCAGGAGGAGGUCCAGCUGCAGCCGUUCCAGCCACCCCUCAGCUCUGAGCAGGAGAUCCAGCUGCUGGUGACUGAGGGCGAGGACAACUUUAACUUUGUACCAAGUCAGGAUCAGGAACUGAACCUCAUCCCUGCAGAAACAACAGGGCAGUCCAGGCUCACACUCCUCACACAGCCCUCAGGACACGUGCAGAACGUAGCUCUGCUGGCUCAGGGUGACGUCGUUACUCAGGUGCCUCCAGUUCAUCCAGGCGGCACGCUGGAGGACCACCAGUCUGAGCAAAUGCAUGUCAUCACUCUGAGUAAGGAAGCCAUGGAGCACCUGCAGGUCCACCACAGUUCUGCACAGCCGCUCCAGAUGAGCCGUCCCAUCCAGCAGCUGCAGCUGAUGCACCAACCUGUGGCUCAGGUGAGCAGGGAGCAGCACAGCCAGGGCAUCCACAUCAGCAGCCAGAGCAGCCAGCCCAUCCAUAUCAGCCAGACCAGCCAGCAGAUCUCCAGCCACCACAUCCACGGACAGACCUUCCAGAUCCAGGCUGGAACUGUCUCCUACCUGUACACGACGGGGCUGCCACAGGACACCUGAGACCUGAAAGUAAUCCUGCCACUGCUAUAUUCCCGGUUUCCUCUAGAACCUCUACAGCACAGUUUGAUUUGGCUCUCUGUAGUUCUAAGGCAUGGAUUAAGUCAUGAGCUACUCACAACAACCCGAUCCAUCGCUACCAUGGUCCUCCAUUGUUGUGUUACAAAUCUUUUCUGUGUCGUUGUCUUCUGCCAUGUUUAAUGGUGGCUGGCAAAAAGCUUAAUGAAGAAUAACUGCCACCAGCUGGUACAUCAGGGGUGGGCAAUCCUGGUCCUCGAGGGCCGCAGCCCUGUACGUUUUA